GGGGUUUGUUUUAUUGUUAUUAUUAUUCCAAAUUCCAAAAAAAAAAUUAUGGAAACAACAACAAAAAAACAAGGUGGUGGUGCUGGUGGUUUUUUCACAACACUAAAAAACGAGGUUGUCCGAGGUUUAAGUCCAUCCCGUUCGUCACGUGCCAGGAGUCCGUCAAGGUCACGUGACAUGGUUGUUUUAAGAUCCGGCAGUUUGAACGGCGAGGCAUUGGCACCGCUGAUUGAAGGGCCUGAUCCGGCGGCGUGUAAUGGCGAGGUUAAACGGGUCGGGUCGGGUUUAGGAAACUGGGUUAAAGGCCAUUUGUCUAGGGCUCCCUCGAUGACGUCAUCGUCGUCGGCGGCGGUUUAUAGACAGAAGUCUGAUUUGAGGCUGUUGCUUGGUGUUAUGGGGGCCCCACUUGCUCCGGUUAAUGUCUGCUCCGGUGAACCUUUCCCUCAUCUUAGCAUCAAAGAUACUCCCAUUGAAAGUUCGUCUGCUCAGUAUAUACUGCAACAAUACAUGGCUGCAUCUGGUGGGCAAAACCUUCAAAGCUCCAUUAAGAAUGCAUAUGCCAUGGGAAAGGUGAAGAUGGUUGCAUCUGAGUUUGAAACUGCAUCUAGGGUGAUUAAGAAUAAGCAUGCUGCAAAAAGUGCCGAGUCUGGUGGGUUUGUUCUGUGGCAGAUGAAGCCAGAUAUGUGGUAUGUGGAGCUAUGUGUUGGUGGAAGCAAGGUUCAUGCUGGUUGCAAUGGAAAACUCGUUUGGAGGCACACACCCUGGCUUGGUGCUCACAGCGCUAAAGGGCCUGUUAGACCUCUACGUCGUGCUCUUCAGGGUCUUGAUCCCAGAACGACUGCAAGUAUGUUUGUGAAUGCAACAUGCAUUGGUGAGAAAAAGCUGAAUGGUGAAGAUUGCUUUAUUCUUAAACUAAGUGCGGAUCCUCAGACAUUAAAGGCCAGGAGUGAAGGUCCAGCUGAGAUCAUAAGGCAUGUGCUGUUUGGGUAUUUUAGUCAAAAGACGGGUCUAAUUGUUCACAUGGAGGAUUCACAUCUGACUCGUAUUCAAACCCACGGUGGUGAUGCUGUUUACUGGGAAACUACAAUAAAUUCUUUUAUGGAUGAUUAUCGGUCUGUGGACGGGAUCAUGAUUGCACACUCUGGUCGAUCUGUGGUCACUCUUUUUAGGUUUGGUGAGCUGGCAAUGAGUCAUACCAAGACACGAAUGGAAGAAGCAUGGACCAUUGAAGAGGUUGCAUUUAACGUCCCAGGAUUGUCAAGUGACUGUUUUAUCCCUCCUGCUGAUUUAAGAUCUGAAUCCAUCAGUGAAACAUCUGAACUCCCCCAAGGAGGAGAACGAGGAAAAGCAAACACUGCUCAUCGUUCAAAGGUUGCUGCCUUGGAGAACGAGAAACCGCUUGAGGGAAAUUUAGGUAAUAUUACUUGGAAGAUGGAAAUCUGAUGAAGCUUAUCAAGAAACUUGAGGAAAAUUGUUUAUAUAGGGUGAGUGGUAGCUUAACUAACACCUUACAAGUUACAUGUUAGGAGGUAGUGUUAAUCAAAUAAUAAUCCUAUCGUAGCACUUAAAAUGGAGGUUUAUUUUUAGCUUAGCCUCUCAUGAUCGUACAACGAAGAGCAGCUAAAUGAUCUACUAAACAUAUAUAUACACCGGGGGGCGGCAUAAUGAAGAAAAAUUUGCAGCCUUAGAUUUAAUAGUCUCGGUUUUUUUUUUUUAAUUGUUAUGUUUUUAGGAGUCAUGUGCUUGUUUUGCUGGUUGGUACUAGAGACAGAUGAAUGAAGGUGGUGUUUUUUUUUUUCACCUACUAAUAUGGGUGUUAGGUGUUUGAAUGAAUGAAUGGUGACAAGAAACAAGUUGUGAAGAAGAAUAUUUUGUGAAAUCUUCUUCUAUUAUAUUUGCUUGAAAUUUGUUCA